CGCUGGCCCUCUCGUCUUUCCCGCCAUGUCGUUCGUGGAGAGCGGGAGGCGCUCGGCUGGUCUGCGCCGACGUCUCGACACCCCUGUCACGUUUUCCGGGCCGGCGUUUUCCGGUUUCGCUCAGGGGGAUAGUUGGGGUGAGGGUGAAGUGGACGAGGAGGACGGAUGCGACCAAGUGGCCCGUGACCUGCGGGCGGAGUUCUCGGCCGGGGCGUCGUCGGAGCCUAGAAAGGGCUCUCUGUUCCAGCGGGACGGGGACGGGUCUCCAGUUCUGCCCGAUAAACGCAACGGCAUUUUCUCGGUGGUUGCGGGCGGCCGAGCCCAGGCUCGGCGGUGGCCGAUCCAGGUCCUCUCAAUUCUUUGUUCGCUGCUGUUCGCCAUCCUCCUCGCCUUCCUCCUCGCCAUCGCCUACCUGAUCGUAAAAGAGUUACAUGCUGAGAAUUUAAAGACUGAAGAGGACAUAGACACUGGGCUACUAGGAUUCUGGACUCUACUUAUAAUAUCUCUAUCUGCUGGAUUCUCCUGCUGUAGCUUUUCUUGGACAGUGACUUAUUUUGACUCUUUUGAACCAGGAAUGUUUCCUCCUACUCCUCUUUCACCUGCCAAGUUCAAGAAACUGACUGGACAUUCUUUCCACAUGGGCUAUAGCAUGGCAAUUUUGAAUGGCAUUGUUGCUGCUCUUACUGUAGCAUGGUGCCUCAUGUAAACCCACACCGAAGCAAUAUUUUUGGCAAAACUUAGUCAUGAUUGCUUUGUAAUAACAGGGAAGAACAUCAUUUCAUCAUUUGUCUACUCAGAAGACCAAGAAACCUGCUGUUAUGUGGUUCAGAUAUGUCAUAUCAUCGUCAUUAUGGAGGACCUUCUUUUUUUUUUUGUAAAUGGAGGACCUUCGUAAGCACCAUUCUAGAACUUAGGCAUUGAGAAUAUCUGAGUAUUAAGUUUCAAGUAAUUUCUUAAAAAUGUGAGAUGUUUACCUCGUCUUUUUACUUUUGUGUGCAUUGUCCUUAUAAAUUAUAGAAACAUUUUAAUGGAAUUCAAACGUGAAAACUUGAAUGUGGGAUGCUAUGUAUAAUACUACAUUUUUGCUAAGAAAUACUAGUCGACUGUUUAAAUGAGAUAGAAAUACUUCUUAUUUAUUCAUGAUAUUAGAAAAGCAAACAAUGCCUACUACUUCGACAUUUUAUAGAAGCUACUUUGAAAUCAGAAUAUUUAGUUUUCAAUAAUCAUAAUCAAUGGAAGGUGCAUUUAUAUUUUUUAAUGGUAUAAUUCCUUAUGUGUUUUUUUAUAUAUUUUCCUACUACAUAUUGAAUUUGUAUGUUUUUUAAAUAGCUACAUCUAGACAAAUGUAUAUGUUAUUUUUUAGCUGGUGGAAAGCUAAUACCUACCAUUUUAAAUAAGUAUUUUGUUUUUUUUUUUAAAAAGCAAAAAAAAAAAAACCCACAAAAAACAAACACAUUGAUCUGAGUUUAAAAUUAAGUAAACCUAUUUUAGCAAAAAAGUCUGAUAAAAAGUAAAUUACUUAAGCCAUUAAAAUGUUUGAGAAAGUUGAAGUUGUUCAUUAUUUGUUUCCACAUUUGCAAAUAUUUGUCUUCGUGUGUAUAUGAUUACUCCAACGGAACUGAUACUAUUUUGUUUUUAAUAAAUAAUAGAUCUGAAAUUUUUAUAUUUAGAAAUG